AGGAAAUCUUGGGAUGUUUGGAAUUAAGUUUCACUUUCAUUCCUGGUCUAGCCUACAAUGUGUCACUUGACGUCAAGGAAAAUCUGGGCUAUAUCUUUUUUGUUCUACACAUGUUUAAGUGUGACGUGGUCGAACGUGCUGUUCGCUCAGACAAAUGGGAACAUUACUCUGAAGACGAGCAUCACACAAGGGAUUCAGGAGAUUCUGUGGAAGUUUCAGGGUAACAAAGUAGCCGACUGGGAUGAACUGUCAGGUGUCACUGACUACUUGCAAUUCAAAAGAAGAACAUAUCUUGUUAGAGAAACAGGCGAUCUUACCAUCUUCAGCCUGAAAUCAGAAGACAGUGGGUCGUAUGAAGGAGAACUUAUUAUAAAUGGAAAUAUACACACUGUCAAACACGACUUAAGUAUAAUAGAUCCUGGGUCGAAAUCCAACAUCAUCUGCAAGAUAAUUGAUGAUGACAACGCAAUUUUACUAUGUCAGGCUGAAGGUCCUCAUCUUAGUUACAGUUGGUCUGGUCCUGGCCUCAACACAGGUUUUAAUGGCCAGAUUGGACCAAAUGUCUCCAGGGUGGAGAACGCAAACUCAGAUUACUCCUGUGUGGUAAAGAACCCAGUCAGUGAGAUGACUGUGCAUUUCAAAGCUGCUGACUGUUUCACAAGUAAGGAAGAAAAGGAAAACCAAUCUGGAAAAACAUUGGUCAUUCUUCUUCCCAUACUGGCCCUCAUCGUCCUUGGUCUUGGUCUUGCUAUAGCGGUUUUCAUUUAUAUGAAGAAGAGAUCCUCAAAAGGGAAUGAACAUUUUGCACAUAUGCAGGGAAAAGAUGAUCGAGAGGAGAAUGAGCAGAGAGAGACAGAUAACUCUACACCACCUCACAAGUCUCCUCUGUUUCUUCCUCUGAAGCUUGUAGUUGAUGAAGAAGCAAAGACAGAGUCUAACAUUACAUCUACUCCUCCUCAAAUUAACCCACAUUGUUUGCCUGUUCCUCCCAAACCACUAGUUCCUCCUCUACCCAGGCAGAAUAACGCUGCACAUUCAGAGGAAUCGUGCAAUGACAUGGCUGGUGGUAUUGAUGGUGGAGAGACGACAGUGCAGACAGAUACAGAGACAGAUACAGAGACCACUCAACUUCUCAAGAUUCCUCCAUCUGUUCCUCCCAAGCCAGUCUCAGCAGGCACCCCUCUGAAUAACGCCGCCAUUUCAGAACAAAAUGGUGAAGAGGGAGGGACAGAAGCAAAGAUGGAGACUAGCUUUGCAUCUCCUCCUCCUCAAGUUAAUCCAUCACAUUGUCCAACUGUUGCUCCCAAACCACGAGUUCCUCCUCUACCCAAGCAGAAUAACGCUGGACGUUCAGAGGAAUCUUGCACUGACAUGGCUGGUGGUGUUGAUGGUGGAGAGACAACAGUGCAGACAGAUACAGAGACCACUCAACUUCUCAAGAUUCCUCCAUCUGUUCCUCCCAAGCCAGUCUCAGCAGGCACCCCUCUGAAUAAUGCCGCCAUUUCAGAACAAAAUGGUGAAGAGGGAGGGACAGAAGCAAAGAUGGAGACUAACUUUGCAUCUCCUCCUCCUCAAGUUAAUCCAUCACAUGGUCCAACUGUUGAUCCCAUGCCCUUUUCAUCAAGCAGUAGUCCAAAUGAAGAGGAAGGAAUACAAGUAGAGAAGACACAUAUGACCACUCAUGAGAAAACUCCACCUGUGCCUCCUCCCAAACCAUCUCGGUUAGACAGCAGUCAGAAUGCAGACAACAAUCCAGCUGAGGACACCGAUGAAACAUAGCUAGAUGUAGAAGAGGGAGGGACUGAUCUGGUCCAGUGGAUACUUUUGAACAUUGGAAACCCAUGUAAUGGCAUGGAUUGAAAACAAUUCUGGAUGUGGGGAAGAGGGUUCUGUUACUUAGUGUGUUUUGUGUUUUUCUUUUAAUCAUUUAAGUAAAAGUGCCGUCCUUAAUCCUGGAAAAAACAGCCAAUGAAACACAGUCCUCACUUAUGCAUUAUUGUAGGUGGGAAUUAUGUGCAGCACGACCCAAGGUACUCUGUGGAAGAGUAGUUAUUGUUUCAUUGUUUAUAUUGUUUAUAUUGGAAUAUGGAAUAUACUGUGUGAUUCAUGUUAUGCACAUGUCAGUCAGGAGGAAAAGCUUGGAGCUUUGUUGAGACUGCUUGUUCCUAAACACGGUUGCUCAUUGCAAAACACUAAACACAGGAACACUCAGCUAGAGAACCUUGAGGAGCAAUGUGCCAAGUUUGUCAUGUCACCCUAUAAGCUAUUCAUAACACUAAAUAUUGCAUGUUGGUAUUUAACUUCAUGUAAAAUGAUGUAUGGUGUGCAGUUUGUACAAUAAUAGAUUAUUCUGUGGGUUAUUGUCACACCAUUAUAAUAUCUACUGUUACCAUUAAGUUACUAUAUGAGUACCACUACUACCACGACCACUACUGUCAUACCUUGACACUAUACCAAGUGCAUUGUAGGCUACAAGUUAUUUUGAGUUAUGAUUUUACCUGUAUUAUGAUCAUUAAAAAUAAUGUAAAAGUAAAUAUGAGUGUUGAGUGUUUGUUUGUUUGUUUGUUACCUGC